AUGCUUUCCAAAUUUCUCAUUCUUCUAAUUUUGGCUCUAUUUUUGAUUAAUUCGAUUGUCGCUGAUUUUCACUGUUUUCUGGGAGAUUUUGUGUGUGAACAUGUCAAAUGUCAGAGAUGCAAAAUCGGAACCUGCAUUUUUGGAGAGUGCCUGAACAUUCUUCUCAAACACCAGAAUGGCCGAAUGUUUUUCGUCCUGACUUCAGUUGCAUCAUGGGCUCUGGCUCCAACUUCAUCAAGACGCCGCUCCAGCGGACCACUCUGUAUGAAGGAAAUCCAAUUUUUUCAGUGGACCAUUCUCUUCCUGUUCAUCACUGGUAUCAUUAUUGUGUGCAAUGCUGGAUUCCCAUUCAUCACAAAAUCAGAAGCAGCGGAUUACACGAAACCGAAGGAUCGUACAAUUGAAAAAUAUUAA